GUACAAAAAAUAAUUCCAUGGCAACAUGGCAACCAAAAUGGCGAACAACGAAGAUCUUGCCCAAAAUAUGGAGGUUGCCGUCAAAAUACCUUUUGACGAGAAAGAAAUUGAAGCAUUAAUUUCACGACCGCAGUUAACAUCUUGGAAUAGAUGUGGCGUUAUAUUGACACAUGGAGCUGGUGGUGACAUGUUUCAUGAGCAUUUACAACUACUUGUGAAAUUCUUGUGUAACGCUGGUAUAUUAUGCCUCCGUUUUACAAUGAAGACGCCAAAUUUCAUGUAUCGAGUGAAGUGUUUUGCUGUAGUUGUGGACUUCUUGCGGCAGUCACAACAAUACCAAGUUAAUCAUUGUAUAAUUGGUGGUCGUUCUAUGGGAGCUCGAGUUGCAGCAGAAAUUGCAUCCACUUUGAGCAAGAAAAAAAAAUUUAUAAUUGGCCUGUUGUGUUUAUCCUAUCCUCUUCAUCCAGUAAGAAAGACUUCAGAACAAAGACUCUCCUCAAUCCUACCCCUUCGUAUACCCACAUUGUUCAUCAGUGGUACUCAAGAUGCCAUGUGUCAGCAAGAGCUGAUGAUGUCAGCUUUAGGAAGAUUGAAUUGCAAUUGGUCAAUACACUGGGUUGAGGGCGGUGAUCAUGCGUUGACAAUAAAAGGGGAAGAAGGAGUGUCUCACACAAAGCAAGAAAUUUUUGAAGACAUAGGCAAUGUUGUUGUUUUGUGGGCACAAUCUGUAUUUAUGGGUGAAAGAUAACAGAUUAUUUAAUCUUUUGAGGGAAAACUUACAUAGUGUUGUUCAAAAAACAUUAAAAUUUGAGCUACAUGAUAAAUCAACACCAAAAAAUAAAAUGUAUUGUGUAUUGUUUUAAAAA